CAGCAAUCUUAGCAAAAGAGAGUGAGAGAGUGGGAGAGAGAGAGUUCGCGCACGCAAGAGAGCGAGAGAGACCGGAGAGCAACAUGGAUUGGAUCGAACAAGAGAGCCAAAAUGGGGGGAGCGCGAUUUUAUUCGUUCGCGGUACGCAGCCCGUGAGUGUUCCGAUCUCGAGAUCACUCCUCAUCCAUUGCCUGGCUGGAUCGCGUAGGGUUCUUGCGGGUUGCACGUUCGGUGUGUGUAGCUGGGAGCUGUUUGUCAUUAGUUCCGACAAUUUCUCCCCCCCUCGAAAGGCGUUCGCGAAACGAGUUUCAGUUCUUUUGCUGUAAGCUCUUCUGUGGUGCUGUCGUGCUACGGUGUCUAUUUUUCGUGUUGUGUGAAACUUCCUGCUUCGAAACGCAACAAUAGCGACUGGUUAGUGCAACGUGUCACUACGAACCGUGUGUGCGAAGCUGUGGGUAGUAAACAAGCGGGUGCAAAAUAUCAACCUCCACAACAGGAAGCGGAACAGUCGCUCGUCACCGAGCCCGCCGAAUCGUAGCGGGUCCUCUGCAAAACAGUCUUGAAUCUUGAACAAAGUUAGUUAUCAAUUCCUGAGAUUAUAUUUUCUUCUAAUCCCUCCGAAUAGCGAUCCAGAAGCGUCACAAGAGCGGUUUAGAGUGUAGUUAUAUCUCAAGGUGCAUACCGGGGCUCUUCGAUACAGGGCUGCUCUGUACCGAGGCAUAAAGUGAAUUGUGCGAUCGAUCGGGAAGUGAAUCCCAAAACCCACGGAUACAAAGAAAGUGGUGCAGCUGCGGUGGGAUUUUUUAUCCACCCCAAGUGUAUUGUAUUUGUGUGCGAAAUUUGAAAACAAGCGCAGUGAUCGUGCACGGAAAAUCAAACGAAAACGGUGUUAGAAAAAAAGGUGAAUAAAACAUACCGAAAACAGGGUGCUGAGAAAACUGCAUCCCCUCUGGAAGUGAACGCCAGCCAGUCACAACUCACACUUCAGCGUCCCCCUUCCACCCCCAGAAAAGGUGCAGCCGUGUGUGGCAGCUCCAGAGAAGCAAGAUUCUAGCGCAGGCCAAGAUCUCUGCGCGCGCGAUCGUUCGUUCGCUCUCGCUCGAUUCGUUCCCGCUGCUUCUCGGGCCAGUGAAAACCUGAAUCGCUGGAAGCUUUCAGAUCAAGCUGGCCAAAGGGUUGGGCUUUGACUGCUGCUGCUGCGAGUGAAUGUGUGGAAGUGUUUAAGUAUCUGUGUGUGUGUGCGCGCCACACAAGAGAGAUAGAAAAUCGCGUGUGUGUGUGUGUGUGUGUGUGUUAGAAAGAACCCCAUCCAUCCCCAUCGUGUAGGUGCGUGUGCGCGAAAAAAGAUGGCGUUCAACGGUGGUGCAGCUGGGGGGAAUGGGAGUGCGGCGGCGGCGGCUGCAGUGGCCGCCGGUGCAGCAAACAACGCGACCGACGAGAACGAGCCGACCGGUGCGAACAAGAAGAAGAACCUGAUCAUACUGGUCGACAAAGAUUCGAACGAUAAGCUGAACGAGCUGUUCGACAAGACGCUCAGCAAUAAGCUCCCGCUACAGAUCCCGUACCGCAUGCGCAAGCUGCCGGAAUCGUUCUUUAUGCCACCGUCGUCCGGCUCCAAAUCGCCGUCCGUGUCCCACUCGCGCGAAAACUCGGCCGACUCGGCGUUUGGCUCCGGCACGACCAUACUCGGCGGUGUGACGGGCGUCGCGACCGGUCCGAACGGUUUGCCGAUACACCAUAGCCGGGCACACAGCAGCCCUGCCUCGCUCGGGAAAAUCCCGGUCGGGUUGGGUGGGCUGGGUGGUGGUGUGGUGGCGGCGGCCGCGGCCGCAGCAGCUGCAGCUGCCGCUGCCAGUGGCAAUGGGGCCGGCGGUGGUGGAGGUGGUGGUGGUGGCGGCGGCGGCGGUGGUACUGGUGGAGCUGGUGCUGGCAGCGCUGGCGGUGCCGGUGGCAGUAAGUCGGCGGCGGCGGCAGCACAGGCUGCCGCAGUAGCCGCAGCCCAGAACGAUGCCAGCAGCCUGGGGGCGGCCGUACUGCAGCAGGCGGCCCUGUCGAAGGCGGCCAUACAGCAUCUACACAGCCGGGGUCGAUCGUACGACGUGUCGAACCUGCACGCCAACUUUGGCGAACUGCCGCCCGGCUGGGAGCAGGCCAAAACACAGGACGGACGCAUCUACUACAUCAACCACAACACAAGAACGACCACGUGGGAGGACCCGCGCAUCACCGCCAUGCAGGAAAGCCUCUUCCAGCAGCAGUCCAGCGUAGAGACCCUGUUCAACACCGGCUCCCAGACGUUGCUCAGUCCCACGAUCUCCUCCCCGACACCGACCAACAAUGUGGUAUUUCCAGAUACAAUUCAAAUGACAAAUGACAAUCUCGCACCGUCGAACGCCGCCCCACCGGCAUCGAUGCUCACUGGCAGCAAUGUCGAUCUGGGCCCACUGCCGGAAGGAUGGGAGGAAGGCAUCACCGAGAAGGGCGAACGGUACUAUAUCAAUCACGCGACUCGGUCGACCACCUGGCGGGAUCCCCGAUUGUCAAACCAAGAUUGGGCGGUACAAGAGCAAACGGUACGCCUGUACAACCUACAGCUGGAACGGGAACGACUUCGGAAACGGCAGCAAGAGAUCAAAUCACAUGAGUCCGGUGACAGCGGCUUGAGCGAAUCGUCCAUGACGCAGUCGAUGCCCCACACGCCCGAAUUUCUCUCCAGUAUAGAUGACAGUAUGGACGGGCUGAGCAUGACGGAUAACACAAUGGACACUAUAGCAUUUGGGGAUAAUCUCGAGACGCCCGAUGAGUUUAUGCUGGACGAUCCUUUGCUGUUGGAAAAAAUCGAUGCCGUCACCAACCUGAGCCUGAUGGAUCCGACGAGUAGUAAACCGGAAAACACGCUCUACGACAUCAUCUAACGGCCGGGACCGUCGGUUGACCAUAGUUAGACCAUUAGGACAAACCCCCCACUAACACAAAACACCACCCAACGAACUUAAACGGUCAAAAAGAGCAGAGCAAUAUUACAACGCGCAACUCAUAUAUAGGAACAGAUAGGAAACGUGUAAACUUUCUUGUGUAAACUGAACAACCCCCCAUAUCCAAGCCCUCUGUUUGUGGCAGCUACCAGCAGAACGCGUGAAACAACAGCUACUUAACACUGACGGUUGACAGUCGAUUCGAUUAGUACGACUGCGACUGAUUUUGUAGCAAAAGCGGGAAAAACUAGCAAGUGUUUGGGGGGGGGGGGUGGGGGAGUUGGCAAACACUCCUUAAAUUUGUGUUUUUUUUUUAAUCGGUAGGAUUUAUUAUUUCAUAGGUUUAUUUUACUGUCCUUUUUUGAGUUUGUUCCGUUGCGUGGAGAUAAUGAUGAUGAUUAUUAUUAUUGAGCACUACAACCACGAAAGGAUAACAAUUAUUAGUGUUUACGCUUAGGUACGGAUUAUUAUUGUAUUUUUUUUACAUUGUAACUUUUUUUUACGAUUAUUAUCAAUUUAGAUAAAAUGUGAGAUUUGAUUGUGUGUGUGCGUGUGUGCGUGCUAUGGACCGAUCGAGCUAUCUAAGCGAGGAUCGCGAGUAACGUAGUCGACCAGGAAGUAGUGGACGUCGUGCGACUUAAAGCAAAACCCACACACACACACACACACAAGUGCAAGCAAUUCAAGUGCCUUAAACGAUGAGGAUAGUAGGGUAAUUAGUACGGUUGAAGGAGAGCAUGUGUAUUAUAAUGCAAUGCGUGGAACACGUAUACGAAAGCGAACGCGUACGUGUGGUUGUGCGCAUAUGCCAAUGUGCUCGUUUGCGCGCCUGGUAGUAGGCAAGCACAGAGAUCCUUUUUUUGUUUUUGUCUCUUGCGAUAGUAGCGUAAAAGCAAAACACGUUUCGGAGCUGCGUACGUGCGUGCAUGAUUGAGUGGAUGAGUGGAUGAGAUGAGUGAGUGAGUAGGUGUAGCAGUAGUAGUAUGGAUGGCGUGCAAGUGUCCAACAUUCUAGCCAUAAGAAGGUAGUAGGAUAGCAUUGUGAAGAUGCAGAUCACAAGCAGCAGCACGAAAAGUGUCUGCAACAACCAGGAUGCAGCCAGGGUGAUGAUCUUUUGGGGCAGUUUAGCCCAGCAAAAGAGCAGUCCGUUGGCAUGACAGCAUUUACUUUUUAAAUUUGACCGUUACACAGUGGCAGUGGCGAAAUGUGUCAAGUAGUGCUACAUCAGCUUGCCCUGGUGAAAAAACCACCGCAAACCACUAUGCAGCCGACACAGAGUGAAGAAAUGUCAACUGUGCUGAAAAAAAAUGGUCAGAUGAAGCAAGCAUGUGUGCGUUUUUUUUCUUUCAAACAAAAAAAAAAAAACAAUCAUUUCGAUGCUAUUGAAAACAGUUAUUUAGCGUUAUGAAACACAAUCCUAGAAUGGCGUAUGGCAAUUAUAUAGAUUUUAUGUUUCAUUUUACAUCCUUCGCAUGAUGAUUGCUACAUGCAAUGGUACGCAAGGAAGAGUAAUAGAGGUAAUUUAAAAAAGGGGGCCUUUUAGUAAGGCUCUUCCUUGGCGCACUAGCAAAAGCUACAGUCUGGCGAGCAAAAGCUGCGAAGGGAUAAGAAAUAGAACAUAUAAGCCAAGAUAAACAUAUCCCCCUGCUCGCCCAUCAUCUACUUAUCUACCAGUCGGACAUGCGUUUGCAUUGUCACCUUUCACAGUUACUGCAACGAAACACCCGCCGGUCUUUGCCAUCUGACAGAACGCGAGGUCAACACAUUCUUGCAACAGGAAUCAUCGGAAAAAACCUCGUGAGAAAUUGAAACCAUUUCAUUUAUCCAAUGCGUUGCUAGUAUACCCUUGUUCAAUAAUUCAUGUUUCGUAUAAAUAAUCAAUUGAAGAAAACAAAAAAACCUACUAUAUUUACUACUCUUUCAGUAUCAGUAAAACAAAUAUUUCCCACUAUUACUACUAAAGAUUAAGGAUAGCAUUCACCGUGCACCGGUGCACGAUCAUUAGUGCUGGGUGUUAAUGUUUAAAGAAUUAUCAAAUUCAGUAGCUCUUUUAGAGAAAAAUGGUUCGGUUACGGUAAUUCGCUUGAUUGGUUCUUUGUUGAAUCAAUCAAGGUAGAUUUUCUUCUGUUUUUUUUUUUGUCUUAAAAGUAGUAUUUAGGAAGCAACAAAAAAAUAGUCAUGCGUUGGUUCUGAUUCGGAUUCAAUACAACACGACCAUCUAUUCCACGAUCCCGAUUUUGCCUGAGUUGCGUUGACCAGAAGUGUUUUUGUCGGUGGUAUGUUUCUUGCCACCCUGACAGACCUGAACAUAACAUUUUUUUUCCACUGUUCAAAGCGAGAGUUUUCAUGUGUGUGAGUGUGCGUGUGUUGCAAGUUGCAAUUGCCGUCCAUUUCUUCUAGUUUCGCUUGCAACGUAUUAUAAAAGCGCAAAAGGAAAGUGCGUCACCUCACUCAGCCUUAGUUUGCAGUAACCGUCGGAAGGAUGACGAUAGCGAAGGAACCGAACUGGUAGACGCGGUGCCCAGUAGGAAGCGAAUCCAUCCAACAACAUCCAGCUCGAUUCCAGCCCGGAAGUCGCAUAGCGAAAUUAAAAUAGCAAAACAAGCAAAUACCCCAACGUUCCUUUAGAGGAUCCCGAAAGGGGAAGGGGAAAACAACGAUACUUGAUACGCCGUCCAACAAUUGCAUUGCACACAAGCAAUACAAACCUUUUUUUUUAGCGUGGAUAAGAAUCUUGAGAUAACUGGAAUGGGAGCUUUACUCACUCUCACGGUCUCUUGCGGUACUUUAGCUGUGGUUCACUGUACAUGGAAACAAAGCAGUUAUAAAGGCGAGUUACAGGAAGUUUGUGGUGGUGACAAAAGGAAAACCAAAUUUACUUAACUUACAACAACAACAAAAUAAGAUGGCGACGUUUGCUACCAUCCGUUGAUGAUAGUUUCACUAAAUUCUGCCUCUACCCGGCAGCACUCAUCAAGCAUUAUUUGUGAACAAAUAGUCUACCGCGUUGAUGAGCCAGCUGCAACAAGUGGAGUGACCUUUUUGUAAACAAUCUAACUUUUGUAAAGAAAAUUAACCUAACCCGAAAAGAAAAGCAGUUAAAUUGGUUAAAAAAACACACACACAAUCUAAAGAUAAAGCUUACGUGCUUGAUUCUUCGUCCACUACCACACCGGAGGAAGAAUUGUGCUGCUAGACACCUAUUGCUCUACGGUUGUCGGAAGCGAGGACGCCUUACAGUGUCCUCGUUGAAGAUUCAUACAGAUAGAGCAACCAGCGUUGUCUGAGAAAGCACUGUAAGCUUAAGACUUCCUCUUCGUACAUGUUACUGCUUCUUGGUAAAUCGAUCUAGACUAGUGUAAUUACGAUGGAAAUACCUGUUUAUAUCAGACCCAUAGCGUUUACCACCAAAGCUCCAAUGCUUGAACACUUACUUUAACUGCCCAACUGUUUGAUUGUACGGUCAACUGCACCUUGACGGUGUUUGUAACAGACUUAGGAAUGGAAAGAUGCGUGUGGCGCAGCCAUGGCUGUUCCACGAAAAUGAGUGAGUGAAAGACGCGAAAUGUGUGUGCGCGUAAUGGUUAUAUCCGUAUCCGAUCGAUUCCGAUUGGUGUGUAAAUGGGAAGCUGCAAGCAACGCGUGUAGUAAAAGGGGGAGGGAUUAAUACAAAUAACUUCAAAUUUGUCUUUGUUCCAAAGCCUUUUGUAAUACCCACUGUAUGCAGUUAGAGAGGAAUGAUAUCUGAAGAAAACGGAAACGAUACGCAUAAUAAAAUGGAAAAAUCAAAGCCAACCAGAACCAACAAUAG